AAUUCUCAAGUUUUUCUUGAUAAUGAUAUGCUGGAUAAAAAGUGUGGAUACGCAGUAGGGAUAUUUUGGAUGACGGGGUGGUUCGUAUUUUUAUUACGCAUUUUUAUAACGCUUCAUCAGCUUGAUGCAGAGUUACGUGUGAUUUGAACGACAGGAUUAAUCGAUGACCUACUUCCAUAUGAAAUGAUGUGGUGUGAUUUGUUGCUGUUGCGUCACAGCCUUUAAGUAAGUUAUCUGUCAAUGUUUUACUACCGCACACUGGACAUGACAUAACUUUAGAUCAGCCUUAUUUUUAUGUCCAGCGUAUAAUCGUUUUUUACGCAUAAAAAUUUACCCGACAUGAACAACAGAUCGCGCUUAUCUUAAUGAUAAAGAAUUUUGGUUUACAUAUACGAUCCCGCAGUUCACAGUAGCAAUAAAAUGUAAACCUUCGUUCUCAGACGUGCAUGAUUCUCAACACAGUCAACAUUGCGGAAUUAUUGAAGAGCUAUUUAUUUAUUACCUCUCUAUUUCUCCCUGAGACUUGGUCAUCCUCAAUUUAGCAAGUGUUUUUUCUUCGUACGCACAUUUUUUGGCAUAAGAAUGAAUCAACAACAACAUCUCAGUCUCACCCCCGCUAGUAAACUCCUCUUUUAACGACUCUUAAUAUUAACUAUCAUCACGUCUGUACUUUGAUUAAGCCAUGUUGAACCCUGUACAAAAUAUGCGAUCAUGAAUGGUAAUAAAAUUAGCGAAACUACUGGCCGCCCAAUAAAGUGUAGCGUGAGAGAUUUGUGGCCUCCAGUCUGUGAGGAAAUUGACAAGUUGACUCAUCCUCAAUUGACGAAAUACGUUUCAAAAUUAACGAGUUUAACCAUUCUAACUCCCGAAGAAGGCAGUGUAAUUUCGCAUUCGAGCGAUAAAGCGAAAUUUUUCGAAUUUAUUAAUUCCAGGGGUAUUAACCAGGUCAUUAAAACUUUAAACAUCCUUAAAGACGACCCGGUCAAUCAAGGAAUCAGAGACAAACUUUACGGUUUAAGUGAGAAACACAACUUACAAGAAGAAUUUCCGAACCUUCCUCCUCCAAGAAACUCGAGAAUAUCCGAAAUAUCAGUACAAAUAGAGGAAGGGCCCCUUCUUCAACAGUCUCAAGAACCAAUCCCUGAGCAAACAAUCGGAGCCAGGACUCUAACCUGCAUUAAACAAAAGCGUCUUAAAAUGGUCACUGUCGCCUCAAGCGUGGGAUUUGUGCUUUUAUUGUUCACGCAACUCUACAUACCGUCUACCGCAAUUGACCGAACUUCUGAUCAAAAUAAUUCCCCACCUAAUAACCGUGAAAAUGUUGACACAUAUCCUACUUUGUCUGCCAUUUUGCCUUUAGAUAAUCCAGCACCACUCCCACCAGGGAUUGAUGAAUCUUGGAGAAAUGUAUCCAACGCUACACGGGACAUAGUACCAAUGGUCAGAGACGGCCAAUUGCAUAAUCAUACAGAGAUAAUCAUUCCCGCAUUGGAAAAUGGUAGAAAUUUCUCGAACGUAUCAACUUCAUCACAAUCAUCAACCAGCUUAUCAACAAAUUCGCUUAAAUUACUCGAUGUACAAUUAACCCGACUGAAAAACGUUUUCAAUCUCCCUCGGAUGCAAACUCUCGAAAUCGAUUCCGCCAGCGAUAUUGACCACAUGAAGACAUUGAUAUGCAAUAAAACGGUCAAAAAAGCUCUCGAAGUUAAAGUUAGAGGAACAUUUGACCUUGCAAAAUUUCAAAAAAUGCACGACUGUGUCAAAGACAUAAACGGAUUAAUACUCUCUGGAAACGUCACGAUUAAUGUCUCACACCAAAUCCUGCGAGACGCCCCCAACAUUGAAUUCCUCGUCAUUAACGCUCACGAUAUUUGUAGAACGAUCGAAAACGGUGAGGAACUUCUGGACAUCGAAUCCCUCGAGAAAGUAUCUCUCCAAAACUUAAGAUAUCUCAAAGUAACCAAUUUUCUCUCAGAUUGCUCAGACCUUGUCCAAUUUAUGGACGAAGUUUUCAUCACUCGAAACGUUGAGACUGUUGUUUACGAUAACGUGAAUCUGCGUCACGCAGAUCACACGCACUGGAUAGAAAACUCAAUCUCUAAACACGACAAGUUGGAAUCGUUCCACUUUUCUGGAAGAAUUUGUCCAAAUUGUGAAUUAUUUCAAAAAGUGGUGUUCAACAAAUCCUUAAAAUCGAAAUACACUCGACUAUUUUGAAUCCAAUGUGGAGUUUCCUCGAACUCAUAAGUUUCUCAAGUUGCUUGAAAAUGUAAAAGUACUGAACAUAACCGUGGCCCUAGGAGAAUCAAUAUUGAUGAAAAUGAGUACAAAAUUAUUUUCUCUCCUCCCCCGGCUAAUUGAGGCUCAUUUGUACUUGCACUUUGACCACAAAUCGUUUGCAAAUCGUUAAGUGACCAGGUAGCAAUCACCAAUUUAGCCAAGUAUGUGGAACCCUCAAACAUUUGGAAGUUGGUGAUUAACGCCAGGUGUAAAUUGGAUGCAGUGAAAGGAUGGAAUCUGACAUGUCGCGAUUAUUCUUUCGAACGACAGGGUGAUACUCGCACCAUAAUUUUAAGUGGAAGAGACGACACCAAAAAAUGUAGAAAAUAUUGGAACUCUAAAAACUUGACGACUGUGUAGCAAUGUUUCCGAGUAUGUACAAAUAUUAAAUUAGUUAGAGUUAGUUUCAAUCCGUCCAUAAAUAGAGUUUUUAAUACAUACAUAAGUGAACAAAGCUGUUAUCUUAAUUUUUGUAAAUUUUUGCAUAUGUUAUCGUCAAUAAUUUGAAUUACCUAAUUUAUGAUGAAACACCUACAUAAAUAAUAAACCACAUUGUUACCUGUUAUUCACUUGAUUUGCUCUACAUCCGGUCUCAGAUAAACUGCUCAUUGUCAAUUAUUUAUGUGUUUCCCCAAAAUCAGAAAUAAAUAUUUAGAUUAUGGUCA